UUGUUUCUUUUUUUUUACGGAAACGGGCGGGGUGGUGCACAGGUACGGUGAAAUCUCGAAGCUCGCUCUCGCCUGGCGGAGUUAUUACUUUUUCAGUAAACAAUUAUGGCGGCCGCGGAUCCCUGGUCCUCGAGUGACGGCGGGCCUGCAAGCAGAGGAGGGUUCCCGGAUGGUGAGAACAGCAAUGGCCCGGGAGGAAGCGGCGGAGAGACAGAACGCAAGCCAGAUCGGGCCACAUUCGAAUGCAACAUUUGUUUGGACACAGCAAGGGACGCUGUCAUCAGUUUGUGCGGGCACUUGUUCUGCUGGCCCUGCCUUCAUCAAUGGUUGGAGACGCGACCCAGCCAACAGCAGUGUCCUGUGUGUAAAGCAGGCAUCAGCAGAGAGAAAGUCAUCCCCCUCUACGGCAGAGGGAGCUCCAGCCAAGAGGACCCCAGGUUGAAAACCCCGCCUCGUCCUCCGGGACAGAGAACAGAGCCAGAGAGCAGAGGGCCCUUCCAGGGGUUCGGGGACAAUGGCUUCCACAUGUCCUUUGGGAUCGGUGCUUUCCCUUUCGGCUUCUUCACCACAGUCUUCAACACCAAUGACCCCUACCACAGAGCAGACGCAUAUGCAGCCGAUCACCAAGGCAACGGCAACAACUGGCAGGACUCUCUCUUCCUGUUCGUGGCCAUAUUCUUCUUCUUCUGGCUGCUGAGCGUGUAAGGGAGAGGGAGGGAAAGGAAAGGUGCUCACACUCAUACACACGUCAAAACACCAGAAAUGACCCACUUAAGUGGCUGAGUAUCUGUGGGUUUAUGCUCUUCCUUUGUACUUGAUUGAUGGAUUAAGGUCACUAAUUAGGAAAUAACUCCCCACACCUGCUUUCUAGGUCUUUAUUUAAAGGAAAAAACAAAAACCCGAAGACACCAGUCCCUCCAUGAAAUAUUUGACACCUCUGCUUUAGACUAUAGAUGGGUGGUGGUGGGAUGACUGGCAGUUCUCUUAGCAAAAGAUAUCUAGUUCAGGAAACACAAACCAGUCAAAGAUUUGUGUAUCCAAAUGAUUUACGAGACUCACUUGGAUAGGGAGAGUACACAGACACCACUCUGGUGGUGGAUGAUACCCAAGCGUGAGGGUGAGUAAAACGAAGACACUAUCGCCCUCUUUCUGUGGAAAUUGUACAUAAAUGCACACACACAGGGGUGGGGGCUGGCUGACUUUUUUUUAUGGAUGGGACUGGUGGAUAGUCAAAAUUAAAUGAUUUAAUUGUAAAUUAGGGGAUGAUCGAAGUAAUUUUACUGCACCACAAAACCUGUAAUAUGUGGUUAACGUAGAACUAUUUAGACAAAAUGGAAUUACUUGUUUUUGCCCCUUGAAGGAAUUUCAGGUUUAAUUCCCCAAAUAUUAGAGCUUGUUUGAGUUAAGGGAGGGUGAGAAUGGGAUUUACCUGAUAACAUCGAUGUUUUUCUUUAAUCACCAUAGCCACUUUUUUUUACAAGCCAAAGAGUAACGUAUUACCGUCAAGUACAAUUUGGGGAAAAUGUUUUGGGAUAUUCCUGUUUACAAUUUAACCGAUUUUAAAUAAUUUGUCCGUAGAUUUACGAACCAAAUUUAUGAAUAUUCCUUAGACUAGUGUACAGAUGGAUACACUAACAACUUUAUAUAUAAUCUUAAAUUGCCAUUGCACUGUGAAGUCAUAUAAAGAAGACAGACCUAAUAAUGUGGAUUAGAGCUACAGCGUAUUCGGAAAUUAUUCAAACCCCUUCACCUUUUCCACAAUUUGUUACAUCCUUGUUCUAAAAUAGAUUCAAUUAUUUUUCUCAAUCUAUAAUCGUGGCCAAAAGUUUUGAGAAUGACACAAUUUUUAAUUUUCCCAGUGUUUGCUGCUUCAGUGUCUUUAGAUAUUUUUGUCAGAUGUUACUAUGGAAUAUUGAAGUGUCAUUACAUAAGUGUCAAAGGCUUUUAUUGACAAUUAUGAAGUUGAUGCAAAGAGUCAAUAUUUGCAGUGUUGACCCUUCUUUUCCAAACCUCUGAAAUCCGCCCUGGCAUGCUGUCAAUUAACUUCUGGGCCACAUCCUGACUGAUGGCAGCCCAUUCUUGCAUAAUCAAUGCAUGGAAUUUGUGGGGUUUUGUUUGUCCACUCACAUGAUGUCAGCUGGUCCUUUUGUGGCAGGGCUGAAAUGCAGUGGAAAAGUUUUGGGGAUGCUGUUCAUUUCCAUGGCAAAGAGGGACUUUGCAAUUCAUCUGAUCACUCUUCAUAACAUUCUGGAGUAUAUGCAAAUUGCCAUCAUGCAGACUGAAAAUUAAUGUCAGUCUCAAGUUUUGGCCACGACUGUACACACAUUACCCCAUAAUGACAAAGCAAAAACAUUUUAGAGAUGUUUGCAAAUUUAUUAAAGAAAAAAAGUAUUACAUUUACAUAAGUAUUCAGACCCUUUACUCAGUACUUUUGAAGCACCAUGGAAUAUUUGACACCUCUUGUGUUUUGUCCAUCAUAUUAAAGGGAUACUUCGAGUGUUCUUGGGUAUGACGCUACAAGCUUGGCACACCUGUAUUUGGGGAUUCUUUUCUGCAGAUCCUCUCAAGAUCCAGGUUGGAUGGGGCGCAUCGCUGCACAGCUAUUUUCUGGUCUCCAGAAUUGCUCAAUCAGGCUCAAGUCAGGGCUCUGGCUGGGCCACUCAAGGACAUUCAGAGACUUGUCCCAAAGCCAGCCAUGCAUUGUCUUGGCUUCGUUCUUAGGGUUGUUGUCCUGUUGUAAGGUGAUCCUUUGCCCCAGUCUGAGGUCCUGAGUGCUCUGGAGCAGGUUUUCAUCAAGGAUCUCUGUACUUUGCUCUGUUCAUCUUUCCCUCGAUCCUGAGUAGUAUCGCAGUCCCUGAUGCUGAAAAAUAUUACUACAGCAUGAUGCUGCCACCACCAUGCUUCCUCGUAGGGAUGGUGCAAGGUUUCCUCCAGACAUAUCGCUUGGCAUUCAGGCCAAAGAGUUCAAUCUUGGUUUCAUCAGACCAGAGAAACUUGUUUCUCAUGGUCGGUCUGAGGUGCCUUUUUGGCCAUCUCCAAACGGGCUGUCCUGUGCCUUUUUCUGAGGAGUGGCUUCCGUCUGGCCACUACCAUAAAGGCCUGAUUGGUUGAGUGCUGCAGGGAUGGGAGACCCUUCCAGAAGGACACAGAGGAACUGCACAGAGGAACUCGGGAGCUCUGUCGGUGACCAUCGGGUUCUUGGGCUCCUCCCUGACCAAGGCCCUUCUCGCCCGAUUGCUUAGUUUGGCUGAGCGACAAGCUCUAGGAAGAGUCUUGGUGGUUCCAAACUUCUUCCAUUUAAGAAUGAUGAAGGCCAAUGUGUUCUUGAGGACCUUCAAUGCUGCAGACAUGUUUUGGUACCCUUCACCAGAUCUGUGCCUCGACACAAUCCUGUUUCGGCGCUCCACGGACAGUUCCUUCAACCUCCUGACUUUGUUUUUGCUCUGACAUGUACUGUCAACUGUGGAACUUUUUUAUAUAGACAGAUGUGUGCCUUUCCAAAUCAUGUCCAAUCAAUCGAAUUUACCACAGGUGGACUCCAAUCAAGUUGUAGAAACAUCAAGGAUGAUCAAUGAUUUGAGUCUCAUAGCGAAGGGUUUGAAUACGUUUUUUUGGUUUUAUUGAAUACAGAAUACAUGUAAUUAUCAAUUUUAGAAUAAGGCUGUAACAAAAUGUGGGAAAGGGGUCUGAAUAUUUUCCAAAUGCAUUGUAUAGUGGAUGUAAAAAUACGAUUUAAGAGUUCUGUCUGUUUACCUAUAUGAUAAACUAUUGUAAAGAGUCAUGAGGAUAGUGUAUGGGAAGGCUGGAGUGGGCAGUAUUGUAUUGUGUACAGUUGUGCUUUGUGGAGAAUUGGCCACAUAUGAGCAAAUAGUUUAACAUUUAAAUCUACAAAGCAAAAUGAGCUGAACACAGGAUCAUUCAAUCUGGAUUAUUAAAUGUUCUGAAAAACUGGCCCUGGGGGUUUUGUUGCUGGGCACAGUGCUGCACAGGAAAAGAUGACAGCAGGGUCACGUUCAUUAAAACAUUUUGCAACGUGUUUUUUGGACAAAUUCAGACUGUUUCCGCUUUGUGCCUACUGAACACGGCCCAGGUGCAGAAGUCAAUACAGUGUUUGCCAGAGCCUUUUUGACUCAAGUCAGAAUGAGUAUGUCAUUAUCUGCAGCCAAGAAAAUAACAUGCGGUGAGAAACAUGAACUGUUCCUAAUGUGACAUGGACUAUUAUCAUAUUUCUAUUGCAAUGAGUGUUUCUCUUGACUGUGUUUGUAUCGGAAUUUGUAUACAUUUGUAUAUAUGAAUAUUGUAAAUGCUCUUUUUUCCUUUUUCUGAACGACCAGACAUGGGAUUGAGACAAAUGUGAGAGACCUCGGGUUUAACCAGGCAACCUGACAUGUGGCGGAGUCCCCCUCUUCCACUAGUGAAAGACAUGUUACUCUUUUGUACUUGUACAACGCUCACUGAAUGGUACAAUCUAUUGCAUAUGAUGCGCAUAUGAGCCAACCAGAGGCGAGUGAGCAGUGUAUGAAAAGGAAACUCCCAUUUCACCUUACCAAUUUAAUUAUCAUAAACUCCUGUGAAGUAUAUGAAAUGGGCUCAAGAUCAAGUUUCCAAGAACUCUGUAGCACCUUACUAAACAACACCAGCCAUGCAAGGGGUUGAGGAAAGGAAGGGCACAACAGGGGUAAGAGGGGGUGUACAGGUUGUCAUUUCUUGCAUAUCACUGUCUGAUCAAGCUAAGCAUUUGUAUUAGGAGUUUAUUUUUGACCAAAAAAAAAGUAUUGUGCAAGACAACAGUGAGACAUUGUGCAAAACCAAAUGGUCACAGCAGGAAAACAAUUUCCAAAGCUCUGUCUGAAUAAAUAGUUGUUUAAUACAUUUAA